UCAGUCACGACUCCACUCCUUCAGUUUCUCAGUGAGCUGUCGUAUGGAGAGUGUCUUUCUUCACGGUUUGCUAGUCCUCCGUCGGUCGAAGAGGUUAGAAUAAUUUGUUUCACAAUUUUAAAAACCCGCGAUACUUGUGUGAUAAACCUGUGAACGAUUCGCGGUCCGUUUGUGUUCCAUGUACCUGUGAAUGUUUAUUGUUCGAAGAUCUCGUUGUUCCCUUAACAAAAGCGAUCAUUUUUUUCUUUUUGUAAGCUUAAGCUUGAUUUUUGUGAAUUUAAAAACUGAUAUUUAGUUUGUUAUAAUAAUUGCGUGUUCAAACUGCGAUUCGUGAUAUGUGCGACGUGUAAUCUUACGUGAUUUGAUAGGCGGCAAGAAAUAGAUUUUAAAAGUAGAUAAGGGGAGAGCCAUUUGCGGAAUGCGGUCGCAGCAAUAAAACGUAAAAAUUAUUGUUGGGGGAUCUCCUUGCCGAUGGACCCGAUCGAGAAUCAGUGCUUACCCUAACCUUUAAAGAAAUUCGGGAAAAAGUGAGAGUUUGUUGUUUGGAGAAUCCACGUGAUCGUGUUGAAGUAACAACGGGAGGAUUGACCUAACGAAAUUCAAAUAUGACAAGAGGAAAACACAAGAAGAUAUUGAUAUUAUCAAUAACUGUGAUCUGCUUGAUAGCAGUAUUUGCGGAACCAGACCCCGCGGAUGAUCUCCCAGAUCGAUUCGAAAAGAAAUCGCGAGACGAAGACAAAUGCUAUGACGACAAUGGUAGACCUAGGAGGUGUAUACCACCUUUCGAGAACGCAGCUUUCAAUGUGCUUAUGGAAGCGACGAACACGUGCGGUCAAGAUCGACCAACAGAAUUUUGCAAACAAACUGGUGUCCAAAAUAAAUCUUGCGAGAUAUGUCGGUACGGAGAUCAUUCGGCCAGAUAUCUUACCGAUCGGGAUAAUAACGAUAAUGCGUCCUGGUGGCAAUCGGAGACGAUGUUCGAGGGUAUUGAAUACCCCAAUCAAGUUAAUCUCACGCUUCACUUAGGUAAGACGUUUGAUAUAACUUACGUUAGAGUGUUGUUCGAAUCACCGCGUCCGGAAAGUUGGGGCAUCUACAAGAGGAAAAAUGAGAAAUCACCGUGGGAACCUUAUCAGUUCUAUUCGGCGUCCUGCAGAGACACUUACGAUUUACCGGAUUUAAAAGAAACGGUACAAGGUGACGAUACCAGAGUACUAUGUACCUCGGACUAUUCCGAUAUAUCGCCUUUGACAAAGGGUACCGUCGCAUUCUCUACUCUGGAAGGCAGACCUUCCGCGUACUACUUUGAAACCAAUCCAGCUCUACAGGAAUGGGUACAAGCAACUGAUUUAAGGAUUACUCUGGACAGACUGAAUACAUUCGGUGACGAAGUUUUUGGCGAUGAUCACGUACUAAAAUCCUACUACUAUGCGAUCGCUGACGUCGCCGUUGGAGCACGUUGUGCCUGCAAUGGUCAUGCCGGGGAAUGUGUAAAUAGUACCAGUAUGGAUGGAAGAACUCGCAGAGUAUGUAGAUGCGAGCAUAACACCGCAGGUCCAGACUGCAACGAGUGUUUACCUUUUUACAAUGACGCACCCUGGGGACGUGCUACCACCACUGACGCCCACGAAUGUAAACCCUGCAACUGUAAUGGUUACUCGGACAGAUGCUACUUCGAUAAGGAACUGUAUAAGGCGACUGGACACGGUGGUCAUUGCCUGGAUUGCAGAGCUAAUCGCGAUGGCGCGAAUUGCGAACGUUGCCGAGAAAACUACUACCAACGCCCAGAAGACAGUUAUUGUGUCGCUUGUAACUGCAAUGAGAUCGGUUCUAGAAAUUUACAAUGUAACAGCGAAGGAAAAUGUCAGUGCAAACCUGGUGUGACAGGUGACAAGUGUGAUCGAUGUGCAGCAAAUUAUUUUAAUUUUGGCUCAUACGGUUGCACUCCCUGCGAAUGUAAUGUAGCUGGUUCCCUGACUAAUACACCAAACUGUGACCCAAUCAGUGGUAUUUGCAUCUGUAAAGAAAAUGUUGAAGGAAAACGAUGCAGAGAGUGCAAACCAGGAUUUUUCAAUCUGGCGAUACAGAACGAAUUCGGGUGCACUCCAUGUUUCUGUUACGGCCAUUCAUCGGUAUGCAGAUCAGCAACUGGAUAUUCUAAAGUUGUAAUUGAGAGUAUGUUCGUGAGAGCUGCUGAACGAUGGACAGCUACUGUGGCUGGAAAUCCGAUACCGCUUCAUUACGAUCCUCUUACUCAAACGAUAUCUGCCACGGCACUGGACCGAGACAAUGUGUACUUCGUUGCACCUGAUAGAUUUCUUGGUGAUCAACGAGCAUCUUACAACCAAGACUUAUCUUUCACGCUAAGAAUUGGAGAAACUGGUCCUGCGCCGACUGCUCGUGACAUAAUUCUUGAAGGAGGAAAUGGAGAACAAAUUACACAACCGAUUUUUGGACAAAGCAAUCGUAUGCCUACUGUGACUCCACAAGAAUAUCGUUUUAAAUUACACGAGCAUCCUAAUUAUGGUUGGGAACCACGACUCUCUUCACGUGCAUUUAUGUCCGUUUUAUCGAACCUGACAGCUAUUAAAAUUCGUGGAACUUACACGAAUCAAGGUAGAGGAUUCUUAGACGAUGUUAAGUUAGAAACAGCUCAUCGCGGAGCUGCAGGUGAACCAGCUGAUUGGGUAGAACAUUGUCAAUGUCCUCAUGGUUAUGUAGGUCAAUUUUGUGAAUCGUGUGCACCCGGAUUCCACCAUGACCCACCAAACGGAGGUCCUUUUGCUCUUUGCGUUCCUUGUAAUUGUAACGGUCAUGCAGACAUUUGCGAAGCCGAAACUGGGCAGUGUAUUUGUCAACAUAAUACAGCUGGUAGUAAUUGUGAAUUGUGUAAACGCGGAUAUUAUGGUCACCCAUUGAAGGGUACCCCAGAUGAUUGUAAACCAUGUCCCUGUCCUGAUAAUGGACCUUGUAUAUUACUUGGCAAUAAUCCAGAUCCGAUUUGUUCCGAGUGCCCAUCGGGUAGAACAGGACCUAGGUGUGAAACAUGUUCAGAUGGAUAUUUUGGAAAUCCCGAAGAGGGCAUAGCUUGCAGACCAUGCGACUGUAAUAAUAACAUAGAUCUAAACGCUGUUCGAAAUUGUAAUCAUGAGACUGGGGAAUGUUUGAAAUGUGUAAAUAACACAGCAGGUUUUCAUUGCGAAGAAUGUCUUCCAGGAUAUUAUGGAGAUGCUCUGUCUGAUCGUAAAGAAGAUGGAUGCAAGCUAUGUCAGUGUUAUCCACCAGGUACAGUUGAACUCGAUGAUGGUAGAGUAGCACCUUGCGAACAGUUAACAGGACAUUGUACCUGUAAGCCACACGUAACUGGUCGAAAUUGUGAUAAAUGUGAAGAUGGAUAUUAUCAUAUUCUAAGUGGAGAGGGAUGCACACCUUGCAAUUGUGAUUCUGAAGGAUCUUACAACCGCACUUGCAAUCCCGUUACUGGGCAGUGUGAAUGCAGACCUGGUGUUACUGGUCAACAUUGUGAUGCAUGUGUUCCUUACCAAUAUGGAUUCAGUCGAGAAGGUUGCAAGCCUUGUGACUGUGACAGUAUCGGUUCCCAGGACUUGCAGUGUGAUGCCAGUGGCCAGUGUCCAUGUCUACCAAAUGUAGAAGGAAGACGAUGCGAUCGUUGCAAGGAAAACAAACAUAACAGACAAAAUGGUUGCGUAGAUUGUCCAGAUUGUUACAAUCUUGUUCAAGAUGCAGCUGAUAGUCACAGAGAACGUUUGGCUGAAUUAGAAAAUACGUUGAGGAAAAUUAAUAGUAGUCCAACGGUUAUAAAAGAUUCAGACUUCGAGAAAGAACUAAAGAACGUUCAAGAUAGAGUAAGAAAUCUAUUGCAAAUCGCAAGACAAGGAUCUGGUAAUGAAAACAAGACUCUAGUGGAACAGCUUGAUGAAUUACGUGAUCAAUUAAAUGAAAUUGGUGAGAUCUCACAAACUGUGGACCUUACUGCUGCUGAUGCACACAAAACUGCUUCAGAAGGAUUAAUGAACAUCGACGAAGCAGAAAAAGUGCUAGACAAAAUACACGGUCAAUUAACUGAGGCAGAGGAUUACUUAGCCACAAAUGGAGCGACUGCAUUAUCAGAAGCUAAAAUACGUGCUGAUCAAGUUGGUCAACAGAACAAACAAAUGACUUCAAUUGCACAAGAAGCGCGCGUAUUAGCUGACCUUAAUGUUAACGAAGCCAAGAAGAUUCAUGCGCUGGCAGAGCAAGCUCGAAAUACAACAAUUGAAGCUUAUACCCUCGCGAAGAAGGCUAUAUCAAAAUAUUCUAAUAUGACCGACGACAUUCGAGGAUUAGAAAAUAAGUUAGAGAUGUUGGAGCACCGUAUGAACGAAGUGAGAAAUCUUACCAGCAUAGCAGCUACUAAAUCAUCCGCUGUUUCACAAGAAGCAAUAGAUUUAUUGAUUCUGGAUUUGGCUCUUCCACCUGUUGACAUUGAUCGGUUACAAAAUCAAGUUGAAGAUCUAAAUAACGAGGGAUUACGGUUAAAAGAACAAGCGCAAUUAUUAUUGGAUCAAAAUGAGAAUUUCAUAAAUGAAAUGGCAGAAAAAGUACGGAAAAGCGAAGAGCUUAUAGAGCGAGCACAGGAUCAGCAAGCAGCCACUGCUGAACUUUUAGCUGAAUUAGAUGGAGCCAAUGAAAAAGCAAAUGAUGCUGUAAAACGGGGUGAUCAAACUUUAAAAGAAGCUCAAGAAACGUUGGAAAAACUGGGAGUAUUUCAUGCUGAGGUUGAGCGUGAACGUAUUAAAGCUCAAGAUGCCUUAAAAGACAUAGCGCAGAUCGAAAAUGUAAUUACGACCGCAAUGCAACAAGCCGCGCAAGCUAAUGAAAUAUUAACUGGUUCUGAAAACAAUGCUAAAUAUGCCCAUGAGAAAGCUCAAAAUGCGCAGAUGUUCGCAGAAGAAGCUAGUGCAAAAGCAAAUGCCAUUAGAAUCGAAGCGAAUAAAACUAAGAUAGAAGCACUUCGUGUAGGAAACGAAGCUGAAAAAUUGCAUUUGCGAGUUGAUACUACAGAUUCCAUGAUGAAACAAUACGAAAUUCAAAUUAGUCAAGAUACAAAUCUCACAUCGGAGGCAAAUCAUAAAGUUGGUCAAGCUAAGAUCAAUGUAACUUCAGCGUCGCAACAAGUCGACAAAGCUUUAGCUGAAGUAGCUGAAAUAAUAAAGGAACUUGAAAAUUUACCAGAAAUAGAUGAUGCUGACUUGAAUCGUCUGGAAGAUCGUUUGAAUGCAGCCGAGAAAGAAAUCGCAGCUGCAAACUUAGAUCAACGAAUUCGAGCAUUAACAGAUGCAAAGAAUGCGCAAACACAAUGGGUAAAAAAUUAUGAAGAUGAAGUCAGUCGACUAAGAAUGGAAGUCGAAAAUAUUGGGGAUAUAAAGAAAGUUUUGCCUGCCGACUGUCAUAAACAAGUACGAUUGGAACCAUGAACGCCAAAAUUAUUAUCAGCCAAUACGAUUCUUAAAGAUACGAGCGUUCCAUUUUUUUCAUAUCACUAGAGGUGCCUUACUUAUAAUGAAGGAAUGAAAACCAAGAAAAAGUUUAAAAGGUAUAAACAUAUCUUUACUAUAAUAACUAGAAAGUCAAUAUUUCCUUCUGGGAACUGAGUAUAUAUUGCACAUUAUAGCUGUACGUUUAGCAACCAUAAAAAAUAUCUCUAAUUAUACUGUAUAACUAUGAUAAAAUCAAAUAGAAUAGAAAAUAUCACAUCAAUGAAUCAUUGGGUAGAUGAGAUGAUAUUUGUACAUUGAUACUUAAAUCAUCUAGAACUAUAUUGCAUUUCUUUUUUUUGAAAAAUUAACUUCUUGUGUUAACAUAUACAAGUGACUGCAAUAAUGAACACAAUACCAAAGAUUUAAUAUAGUAGACAUCAUUACUAGACCACUUACAUUAUACAAUUCGUCUAACAUUUUUUGUAAUACAGCUUAUUUGUACGUAUGUACAAACAUGUAUAUAGUAUCUAUAUGCAUUUAUUUUAUAAUUUUUACGUCUUCUAAGUACUCUUCUAAGUUCUAAGAAAGCUUCGAAAGUUCCUUCCAGAAAAGGCAAGUGUUUUUAAUCUCCAAUGUACAAAAUCGAAUGUAAUACAUUAUUGUGACUUAUUUAUGCGUUAAUACGAGAAAACAGUUUAUAAUUACUUUCAUGUUGUGUGAAUAUUAAAAUUGACAGAAACAUUUGUAUGAUUAGAAGGAAUACAGCAGAAGCCUAAAUAUAUUUUACAACAUA